CCGCCGGCCCCGGCUUGCUCCAUGGUGCGGGAAGGCGGCAUGGCCCGGACCCCCCCCAGCUCCACGCAGGACAUCCAGAUGGACGUCUUGGACAACGCCGCUCUCCAGGGCAAGUACAGCAGGCGCAAGAGCCGCUUCAAGCGCUCGGAUGGCAGCACCUCAUCCGACACCACCUCCAACAGCUUCGUCAGGCAGGGCUCGGCCGAGUCCUACACGAGCCGCCCGUCGGACUCGGAUGUGUCGCUGGAGGAGGACCGCGAGGCGCUGCGCAGGGAGGCGGAGCUCCAGGCCAUGGCCCAGCUCGAGAAAGCCAAGACGAAGCCGGUGGCGUUCGCCGUCCGGACCAACGUCGGGUACAACCCCUCAGCCGGCGAUGAUGUCCCGGUGCAGGGCAUGGCCAUCUGCUUCGAGCCCAAGGACUUCCUGCACAUCAAGGAGAAGUACAACAAUGACUGGUGGAUCGGGCGCCUGGUGAAGGAGGGCUGCGAGGUCGGCUUCAUCCCCAGCCCCGUCAAGCUGGACACCAUGAGGCUGCUGCAGGAGCAGAAGAUGAGGCAGAACCGCCUGAGCUCCAGCAAAUCAGGCGACAACUCCAGCUCCAGCCUGGGUGAUGCGGUGACGGGGACGCGCCGGCCGACCCCCCCAGCCAGCGGUGCCCUGGACAUGCCUAGCUUUGCCUUUGACCCCGAUGAGUUAGAGGAGGAGGAGGCGGCCAUGGAGACCCACCGCUCCCCUAAGAGUAGCGUGAGCAGUGUCACCACCCCCCCAGCCCACAACAAGCGCAUCCCCUUCUUUAGGAAGACCGAGCACGUGCCCCCCUAUGAUGUGGUCCCCUCCAUGCGCCCCAUCAUCCUGGUGGGGCCGUCGCUGAAGGGGUACGAGGUCACGGAUAUGAUGCAGAAAGCACUCUUUGACUUCCUGAAGCAUCGCUUUGAUGGCAGGAUCUCCAUCACGAGGGUGACGGCCGACAUCUCCCUGGCCAAGCGCUCGGUGCUCAACAACCCCAGCAAGCACACCAUCAUCGAGCGCUCCAGCACGCGCUCCAGCCUGGCCGAGGUGCAGAGCGAGACCGAGCGCAUCUUCGAGCUGGCGCGGACGCUGCAGCUCGUGGCGUUGGAUGCCGACACCAUCAACCACCCUGCCCAGCUGGCCAAGACCUCCCUGGCGCCCAUCAUCGUCUACAUCAAGAUCGCCUCCCCGAAGGUCCUGCAGCGCUUGGUCAAGUCUCGCGGGAAGUCGCAGGCCAAGCACCUCAACGUGCAGAUGGUGGCCUCGGACAAGCUGGCGCAGUGCCCCCCGGAGAUGUUCGACAUCGUGCUGGACGAGAACCAGCUGGAGGAGGCCUGCGAGCACCUGGCCGAGUACCUGGAGGCCUAUUGGAAAGCCACGCACCCCCCCAGCAGCAACCCCCCCAACCCGCUGCUCAACCGCACCAUGGCCACGGCGGCGCUGGCCGCCAGCCCCGCGCCCGUCUCCAACCUCCAGGUACAGGUGCUCACCUCCCUGCGCAGGAACCUGGGCCUCUGGGGCCGUGGGGGCACCGAUGCCGGCCCCCCCGGUGCCCUGGAGGAGCACGCGCUGUGAGACACACACUGGAACCCCCCCCCACAUCAAUGCAGCAUCACCCC